AUGGAAUCCGUGACUAUACCUACACGGGCGUAUGUUAACGGUUCUUUCCUGCAGAAAUUCACCGACAAGGCCGUAACAUUAAUCGGAAACGUGUUGAAGGUGAGUCCCGAUGGUAAAUCCUUAACAAUGCAAACAACAGACGACCAAGUGGUGACCGUUAAUUUUCAUGAACCGAUUGACAGUGCUCUAGACGGAUGGGUAGAAGUGCAUGGUUUGGCCAAAGAUAAAGGAACUGUAGCUGGAGAAAGUUACUACAACUUACCAUCAUCAAUAACUGAUGAUUUUGAUAAACCACAAUUUAAUGAAGCAGUUUCACUUAUAUUCAGCCUAUCAAACCCCUUGAAGUAA